AACGACCCCUCUUCUUGAAUGCAAGCUGCCGCCCCGCCGUGCAGCAAAUUCAAUGCUGGUGGCGUGAAGAGCGUUCAAGUGUUCAUUCAUGCUUCUUGGCCUCCUUCAGGAUAAUGUGUACUUUUCGCGGGAAUAAAUCUAGCAGAACGGGGUUUUCUGCAAGAACUGACGAGGAACUCGCUAAUGCUGUGCAGAGGCUUUUGAAGGAAUUGAAUCUCUUGCUGUUCGAAAAUCAGUGGCUGAUGCACAGACUCUGGCCACAAUCCAGGCGAGAGUAGAUUUGCAGAUAGCUGCCCGCCGCGGUCCAGUCUGCAAUUUGAGAAGUGGGACAACUGUGAGAGUUGCCAAUAUGUGCAUCUACUGAAGUCGCUAUGGCGCUCCCUGAGAUUGAGGUGUUGGUGCGUCAUUCAGGUCCGCAAGAGAGUGAGCAAUCUGCAUCCUUGCAGCGGCUACCCGUGCGCAUUGGUGAGACUGUGGCAGGGCUGAAAGCUCUGGGACUAUUAUCGGAAGGUGUAAAAUUGGGGCCAGAUGGCGGUGCCACGCUUUUUUCUAAUGGAGUGGAGCUUGCUGACGCAUCAACUCUAGACCAAUGUGGAGUCCACGCAGCCACUGGGGAAGAGAGUUGGGCUCCAGACUUCAUCUACCCCAACGGUUGGCAGCAGAUGUCCCACAGGAAGGCCACUGCAAAGGCCAGGGGUGUUCCUGAUCAAUGGUCGAGGAUUUCGGGGUCCAAGUACGGCUGGGGUUCGUUAGGAAUGUUGAGGAUGCAGAAGUGGACACUUAACCGGCUAUUUUCUCCUUGGCUUAUGCUUAUUGGAAUGAUACUGCUGGCCAACUUGGCUUGAGGACGUAGUCGACAUGCAAUGGAAGCGGCCGCUCAUUGCAUGUACCAUACGAGUGUUGCACUAAGUUGUAAUCACCAUAGUACAUUCCAGUUGAAUGGUCGCCCAUAAUCACUAAGUAGGCUCACAAGGUUGAAUAAUUGUGUAGCACAUGCAGGCGACGGUUCCGCCGCAGUGAAUCGGAAAUCAGUAUAGUGCCUGCACUGCACAUGAGGGUCAUGUCAUUCACAUAAUUCGGG